CGGCGGCGGCGGCGGCGAAGGGCCCUGGCAGCUGCGCGGGGACAGGAGGCGUGGGAGAAGAGCUCCGUGUUUCUAUCCAACAAGUCAACGUUGCAUCAUCAAGGGAAAAGGAAGGUGUGUUGGAGCUGAUAAAGGGCGGAGAUGGUUAAUUCUAAAGGAAAGAUGACUGACUCAGAUCCUGUAUCCGAUCAUCUGUUACUAAAUGGACUUGCGGAUAAGGCAGAGAAAAAUCAGGAAAUGGGACUCGAGAAGAGCCUAUGUAGCCAGUAUGAGGAGAAAGUGCGCCCUUGCAUUGACCUCAUCGACUCCCUUCGUGCCCUGGGCGUGGAGCAGGACCUGGCCCUGCCCGCCAUCGCUGUCAUCGGAGACCAGAGCUCGGGCAAGAGCUCAGUGCUGGAGGCCCUGUCAGGGGUCGCCCUUCCCAGAGGCAGCGGUAUUGUCACAAGGUGUCCUCUGGUGCUGAAGCUGAAGAAGCUCAUGAAUGAGGAUGAAUGGAGAGGCAAAGUCAGCUACCAGGACUUCGAGACGGAGAUUUCAGACCCUUCGGAGGUGGAGGAGGCAAUCAAUACAGCCCAGAAUGCCAUCGCUGGGGAAGGACUGGGGAUCAGUCAUGAGCUAAUCAACCUGGAGGUCAGCUCCCCUCACGUCCCGGAUCUGACCCUGAUAGACCUCCCCGGCAUCACCAGGGUGGCUGUGGGCAAUCAGCCGGCCGACAUCGGACGCCAGACCAAGCAACUCAUCAGGAAGUACAUCGUUAAGCAGGAGACAAUCAACCUGGUGGUGGUCCCUUGCAAUGUGGACAUCGCCACCACAGAGGCCCUGAGCAUGGCUCAGGAGGUGGACCCCGAUGGAGACAGGACCAUAGGCAUCUUGACAAAGCCUGACCUGGUGGACAGAGGCACCGAGGACAAGGUGGUCGACGUGGCACAAAACCUCGUGUGUCACCUGAAGAAGGGCUACAUGGUCGUCAAGUGCCGGGGCCAGCAGGACAUCCAGGACCAGCUGAGCCUGGCCGAGGCUCUGGAGAAAGAGAGAGUCUUCUUUGAGGACCACCCACAUUUCAGGGUUCUUCUGGAGGAAGGAAGGGCCACCGUGCCCUGUCUGGCGGACAGACUGACCACUGAACUCAUCAUGCACAUCUGCAAAUCUCUGCCCCUGUUAGAGAAUCAAAUAAAGGAGAAUCAUGAGAAAAUAACAGAGGAAUUACAAAAGUAUGGCUCAGAUGUACCAGAAGACGAACACGAAAAAAUGUUUUUUCUGAUAGAUAAAAUCAAUGCGUUUAAUCAUGACAUCACCUCUUUAAUACAAGGGGAGGAGUCUGUGGGGGAGGGUGAGAGUCGGCUGUUCACCAAAAUCAGACAUGAAUUCCACAAGUGGAGCAUCGUGAUUGAAAAGAAGUUCCAGAAAGGGUACAAAGCGAUAUAUAAAGAAAUUGAGAAAUUUGAAAAUCGGUAUCGUGGCAGAGAGCUGCCGGGAUUUGUCAAUUACAAGACGUUUGAGAUUAUUAUCAAACAGCAAAUCAGAGAGCUGGAGGAGCCGGCUGUCGACAUGCUACGCACGGUAACUGAUAUGGUCCAGCUUGCCUUUGUAAAUAUUUCGAAAGGAAACUUUGAUGAAUUUUUCAACCUCUACAGAACAACCAAGUCCAAAAUCGAAGACAUUAAGUUUGAACUGGAAAACGAAGCGGAGAAGUCGAUCCGACUUCACUUCCAAAUGGAGCAGAUUGUCUACUGUCAGGACCAGAUCUACCAGCGGGCACUCCAGAGGGUCAGGGAGAGGGUUUCGGAGGAUGAGAAGAGGAAUAAAAAAAUAAACAGUCCGAUCUCUGAAGAAGUUUCUUCAGGGAACGUCUCCUUGUGUGAAAUCUUGGAGCACCUGCUGGCCUACCGCCAGGAGGCCGCCAACCGUAUCGCCAGCCACAUCCCCCUGAUCAUCCAGUACUUCAUCCUGCAAGUGUACGGCCAGCGGCUGCAGAAGAAUAUGCUGCAGCUGCUGCAGGACAAGGAGACCUACAGCUGGCUCCUGAAGGAGCGCAGCGACACCAGCGACAAGAGGAAGUUCCUGAAGGAGCGGCUCGCACGGCUGGCCCAGGCUCGGCGCCGCCUGGCCAAGUUCCCCGGUUAAGUCCAGCUGCCUGUCCCGCCCGCAUCUCCAGGACCCGCCCCCCAGCCCCGCCCCCAGCCGCCGGACGCGUGGGGGAGCCCCGCCCUCAGCCCCGCCCCAGCCCCGGAAGCGUUGGAGGGGGUGAACCCGCCCUCAGCCCCGCCCCAGCCCCUGACGCGUGGGAGGACCCGCUCUCAGCCCCGCCCCCAGCCCCCCGGACGCGUGGGGGGGAGCCCCGCCCUCAGCCCCGGACACGUGGGAGGGAGCCCCGCCCCAGCCCCGGACGCGUGGGAAGACCCGCUCUCAGCCCCGCCCCCAGCUCCCGGACACGUGGGGGAGCCCCGCCCCCAGCCCCGGACGCGUGGGAGGACCCGCUCUCAGCUCCGCCCCCAGCCCCCAGAGGCUUGGGGGGAGCCCCGCCCUCAGCCCCCGGACACGUGGGAGGACCCGCUCUCAGCCCCGUCCCCAGCCCCGCCCCCAGCCCUCGGACGCGUGGGGGGGAGCCCCGCCCUCAGCCCCGGACACGUGGGAGGACCCGCUCUCAGCCCCGCCCUCAGCCCCCAGACGCGUGGGGGGGGAGCCCCGCCCCAGCCCCGGACGCGUGGGAAGACCCGCUCUCAGCCCCGCCCCCAUCCCCGGGCGCGUGGAGGGGCCCGCCCUCAGCUCCGCUCUCUCCCCGCUGGCCCAUUUCAUAGGCCCGAGGAGUUACUAGCCGGUCUUUCCUGGCACCGUCUGUGGUCUGUGCUUGUCCCUCGAGGGCAGGGACCUGGUGAGAAGACUUAGGUCAGGAUUAAGACGAACGAGAGUUAGACUGGGUGGACGCCGCCGCCUCCCUGGUUAGGAGAAACCAGUUUCCACCUGGGGACUGUCCCUCCGGACCCCUCUCCCUCUCCCGCCGGAGACCAGCGCAUGGGGAGCACCCUGGAAGGCCUAGUUCCUGCUCUGCGCCACUUCCUACCACGCGCCUGAUGUUCCUGGAGCAUUGGUGCUGUGUGCGUGUGCCUAGAGGCUGCAUUUCGCUGAUGGGUAAUAAACCCGUUUCCACCGAC